AUGGGUCAGACCUUGUCCGAGCCUGUGGUCGAGAAGCAUUCGGCUGAAGGUCAGGAUGAGUGUUGUAUAUACGGUGUCUCGGCCAUGCAGGGCUGGCGGAUCAGCAUGGAGGAUGCUCAUGCGGCCGUGCUAGACCUCCAGGCCAAGUUCUCGGAGCAGAACGACAACCCUACCGAUCCCGACAAACGUCUCGCAUUCUUUGGUGUAUACGAUGGACACGGUGGUGAUAAAGUAGCUUUAUUCGCCGGAGAGAAUGUCCACAAGAUCGUCGCAAAGCAGGAUGCGUUCGCUAAGGGCGAUAUUGAGCAAGCCUUGAAGGACGGUUUCCUUGCGACCGACCGCGCUAUCCUGGAAGAUCCUAAAUACGAAGAAGAAGUGUCUGGCUGCACUGCAGCCGUCAGCGUCAUUUCCAAGCACAAGAUCUGGGUGGCCAAUGCUGGUGACUCCCGUUCCGUGCUCGGUGUGAAGGGCCGCGCGAAGCCCCUAUCCUUUGAUCACAAGCCCCAAAAUGAAGGCGAGAAGGCCCGUAUUAGCGCUGCAGGCGGCUUCGUCGACUUUGGCCGUGUCAACGGCAACCUGGCCCUGUCCCGUGCCAUUGGAGAUUUCGAAUUUAAGAAGAGUCCCGAGCUGUCACCCGAACAGCAGAUCGUGACCGCUUACCCGGAUGUUACUGUCCACGACCUUACUGACGACGAUGAAUUCCUCGUUAUCGCCUGCGACGGUAUCUGGGAUUGCCAAACCUCGCAGGCCGUCGUUGAGUUCGUUCGUCGCGGUAUUGCCGCCAAGCAGGACCUCCACCGCAUCUGUGAGAACAUGAUGGACAAUUGCCUGGCUUCCAACAGUGAGACGGGUGGCGUUGGAUGCGACAACAUGACUAUGAUCAUCAUCGGUCUUCUGAACGGUAGGACCAAAGAGGAGUGGUACAAUCAGAUCGCUGAGCGCGUGGCCAACGGCGACGGCCCCUGCGCCCCGCCCGAGUACGGCAAGCCUCCAAUCCCAACUCCUACUGACUUACCGGGGGGAGCAGCUGAGUUCCGCGGCCCCGGCAUCCGUAAUCAGUUCGAAGAGAACCCCGAUGAGUAUGACGUGGAAAACGAUCGUUCCCGUGGCUUCAGUGUACGCUCGGGCCGCAUCAUUCUCUUGGGCGAUGGCACAGAAUUGAUUCCGGAGCAGAACGAUGACGAGCUGUUUGACCAUACUGAGGAAGACCGGGACCUCGGCAAUCAGGUGCAGCAUGACUCUACUGACGCGGGACGGAGCGAUCGCGAAGGAACCCCUGGGCCACAAUCCAAGGAUAGCACUCCCAAGGCCGAUGAAUCUACAACCAUCUCGCAGUCGCCGUCUACCACCGCGGAGAGCUCUUCCACCAGUGCCCCUGGAACGCCGCAGAAACCUACUAAUGUGUAG